GCAACAGGAGAGCGAGCGAGUGAGAGAGCGUGAGGCCAGGAGCAUUGAGCGGAGUGGAGUGAGGGGCUCGUUACACUGUAACUCACUGAAGUCGCAACUGUGUUGCACUGUCAGACAUGGAACAGAAAAAGCAACUGGAAAUGGAAACAUGCAUCAAAGUGAUGGAGGAGUUGAUUGUGGAAUUACAUCUAUUCCUGGAACUUCUUGACCAUGAAUAUCUAACCACAUCUGCCAGAGAGAAAAAGACUGCAGUCUGCAACAUCUUACGGAGGAUCAAGUCAGUGUUUGACUGUCAAAUGAAGAACUCUACACAGAAGCAUGACUUACCUUGCAGUGUGCCUGCACCUCCUCAGAUUCCUCUACCUGAGAUCCCUCAUCCAUGGCAUCCAUUAGAAAACAGUCCACCACCUCUGCCAACGUCUUCCUUGCCUGAAGGCUAUUAUGAGGAAGCGGUGCCAUUGAGUCCAGGAAAAGCUCCAGAAUACAUCACUUCUCGAGAUUAUGAUUCGGAUGCCAUGAGUAGCUCCUAUGAAUCAUAUGAUGAAGAUGAUGAGGAUGGGAAGGGAAAGAAACUAAGACACCAGUGGCCAUCUGAGGAGGCUUCAAUGGAUUUGGUGAAAGAUGCUAAGAUCUGUGCUUUUCUUCUGCGCAAGAAACGUUUUGGACAGUGGACAAAACAAUUUUGUGUCAUUAAAGAUAACAGACUAUUGUGCUACAAAAGCUCAAAGGAUCAUCAACCUCAGAUGGAGUUAUUGCUUCCAGCCCACAAUGUGUCCUAUGUUCCUAAAGACAGCAAAAGGAAAAAGCAUGAGCUACGAAUCACCCAGCAAGGAGCAGACAUUGUUGUUUUGGCUGUGCAAAGCAAAGAACAAGCAGAGGAAUGGCUAAAGGUAAUAAAAGAUGUUGUAGUACUUUGCAAUGUAACUACUGAAACAGAUGGAUCCAUGACAAUUUUUCCUGUGAACAAAGCGGAACUAGAAAAGAAAUUAUCUACCGAUAAGCCAAAUUCAGAUGGUGAAGGGCAUUUGGAAAAUGGUAACCAUGUUGGAAUAGCAGAUAGUAAAGACCAUGGAAAAGGAAAGAAAAAUGCAAAGACUGAGCCAAAAGGGGCUGUGAGCAAGGUCACUGGAAAGAAAAUUACCAGGAUCAUUGGUCUGGGUAAAAAGAAGCCGUCCACGGAUGAACAGACCUCCUCUGCUGAGGAAGACAUCCCAACCUGUGGCUAUCUGAAUGUGUUAUCUAACAAUCGAUGGAGGGAACGCUGGUGCAGAGUGAAAGAAAACAAACUAAUCCUCCACAAAGAUAGAACUGACCUGAAACUUCAGAUGGCUUCUAUUCCACUACGCGGAUGUGAACUCAUUCCAGGCCUGGAUUCCAAACAUCCACUGGCAUUCCGUUUGCUUAAGAAUGGACAAGAAGUUGCAGUUUUAGAGACCUCUUCAGGAGAGGAGCUGGGAAGGUGGCUCGGUGUUUUAUUAUCUGAAACUGGUUCUUCCACAGACCCAGCAGCCCUACACUAUGAUUAUAUUGAUGUGGAAACAACUUCAAGUGUUAUACAGACUGCAAAACAGUGUUUCAACUUAUUACACAGACGGUCGAUAUCUCCAAAUAGAUAUGGUGGCAACAUGCCAAAUGGAUAUUCAUGUCCACGUGGAAUUUCUCUUCAUUAUGAUGAUGUACCUUGCCUAAACGGAACAGCAAAAGGAAAAAAGAUGCCAACAACAGUAAAUGGUAUGACAACAAAGCAGAAGGUUGGAAGCAAUCAAGUGAAAAAAGCAAAUCCUGUCACAAAUGUAAAACGCACAGCCUCAAAUGCUGAUCAAUACAAAUAUGGUAAGAACCGUGUGGAAGCUGAUGCAAAAAGAUUACAGACAAAGGAAGAAGAGAUGAAAAAGCAGAAAGAAAUCCUACGCACCCGGUUGGCACAACUGAGAAAAGAUAGAAGGGAGCUGAAAACAGCUAUUGAAACAUGUACAGGUAAGAAGUCUCAGGCUGCUCUAGAGACCAAGCUAAAGAAAUUAGAGGAGGAAUGCAAGGCCAAAGAGACUGAACGUGUGAACCUGGAAUUGGAGCUGACAGAGGUGAAUGAAAGCUUGAAGAAAGCUCUUGCUGGAGGCCCCACACUGGGCCUGACAAUAGAACCAAAGUCUUCAAGAACCUCAAGCCCACAGUCCCCUGUGUUCAUGCAUCGUACCCUAGACAAUUCUCCCACUUCCAGCUGUGAUACAAGUGACACUGAGCCACUGUCAUUGCCUGUGAAUGCAGCUGCUCUCGGAAGAAGACCCCCUUCCAUGGUUUCCUCCCCAAGUCGAGGCCACGUACGCAGGAAGGCUAAGGAAUGGGAACUGAAGACUGGAACAUAAAACAAGAAAAAAAAGUGUUCCCUUUUAUACUAUUUAUUUCCUUAAACAAUAUGUACAAGAUCAGAAGCACUGUUACUGAGUCCUUCAGUUCAAAGAAAUACACAGUCUGCAUGGUCCUCUCCUAAACUAUGAAAAGACAGCAGUUGUUCCAUGUUGAAGUGUAGCUUUAUGUC